CUGCUUUCAGUAAUAUUAAUCAUCUGUUAAACAAGAUAGAUGCUUGAUAAGAAGUAGGUAACAUUGUAUGAAGAUGUCUGCAAGGAUUUCUUUCGUCUAGUGUAAUCCUUGUCGUUUCUAGGUAUCUUUUCCCCAUAUAGAUAUGUUUCUUCAGAAUGUGCUGUGUACCUAUCAAGAUAAUCUUUUCAUCGGCAAUGCCCUUAUGAGAUCUGUGAUCAUCUGUCUCACAGCUAUGCUCACCUCAGUCUUCGUAGCUUUUUGCUCAAAUUUGUAGACCAUACUGUCUCUUGGUACUCACAAGAGCUCUAUAACAGUUUAACCACUCUUGAAAAAGCUAACAAUGUGAUUAUAGAUUUGAGUAGUACAAUGACAAAGGUGAUCAGCUUGACAAUUGGACCCUAGAUCUGGUAGGAUACAGUAGCUGCACAGUAGCUUGAAAUGGGAUAGUCACAGUCUCCUGCACAUUCACCGAACAGUACCUUCAAGUGCUUCCUAUACACUGUACUACAGGAUGAGUGAAGAUACAACAAAUAGUGGAAAGCGGAAGCAACGGGACGAAGUUGACUCGGGCAACAUCGUUAACGACAAACGGCAGCGUGUCCAGUCAGCAAAGCUCCGCGAGAAUGCUGAUACAUUGAAGAAACCUCAAGCAAGGAAGAGUAAGGACCUGGGUGCUGCUAGUCACCCAGUCCUGAUAGAGAGUACGGAUGACGAGGAUACAUCUGUUCAGGAGAUGGAUUCUGAGUCCGAUAAAAGCGAGGAUGAAGAAGAAUCUCUUCCGCGACUAGGUACACCGAAGAAAACAGUACAGGCAAAGAGACGUCCUCUUGCGAAUACGAAAAGCACAUCAACAGUAGUCUCUCAGCAGAAAAAUGACGAGUCUUCAGUUGCUGUUAAUGAUGAAGAUGACCAAAGUAAAGCUAAAGUGUCGAACUGUAUCAUGUUGUUCUAUAAACAAGUCCCUUGUGAUGCUAAUGGCUAUGCUGAGGAUGGAACCAAGUAUUUCCAGUGCUGCCAUCCUCAUACUAAUGGACUCUCUAAGAUUCUGAAGAUAACGCAAGCAAUGCGUGGAAGCAAGACCGGUCUCAGGCAGCAUCUAGAAAGCCAUGGUGACAUGUUUUCAUUCUACAAUUUCCUCAGAGUAGUAACAGCUUCGCGCUUGCCUACUUCUGAAGAGAUAGACAUUGCGAAUCGAACAACAGUACUCACUCGAGAGGAGCUCAGGGAGAUUGUCAAGGACUUACCUGAUGCUAAUAAUAUUGUAGAGAUGUUUCAAAAGCAAGAGAACAAGAAAAUGGUACCCUGGGAGCAUGCAACCUUCAAGCGAUUCCUUGUGGAAUGGGUUGUUAAGACUGAUCAACCAUUUACUGCCACAGAGGAUCCUACCUUCCAAAGGCUUUUGCAAUACAUUCACCGGGCUGGAAAUCUUUCUAUUCCAUCGAGUGACACAGUGAAGCGUAACAUUCA